GGCUGCUGCAUCGAUGAAUUUAUUGAAAUUUUUAGACUGAGUCAAGACAAAUGCUGGAGUCUACACAAAGAUCUCAAACGAUCAAGUCCAAUAUGGUGUGCUCACACAAAAUAAUUUUUUUGGUGGUGACGCUGGUAUUGUCUUCGACAGCCGGUGUUCACGGGGACGAACAUCAUCACAGCAGACCCCUUCGCGAUUCCGUCACAGACGUUAACAACAAAGCGGAACAGUCCGCAACGGAAGACGCUGCAUAUUGGACUCAACUCGGUCAGCAGUUGUUGUUUGACGAACUGGCCAAACAAAGGAUCAAUAGCCAAGCAAAAAAUAUCAUAGUAUUUCUCGGAGAUGGUAUGUCAAUUUCAACUGUAACAGCUGCACGAAUCUAUAAAGGACAAAAGGCUGGCAAAACGGGCGAAGAGGAACAACUUCACUUUGAUCGAUUUCCUUACGCUGCAUUGUCAAAGACGUACUGCACGGACAUUCAAGUGGCUGAUUCCGCUUGCACUGCUACCGCCUACUUGUGUGGCAUUAAAACUGAUGUAGACACCUUGGGACUAGACGUCAACGUCAUAAAAAAAAAUUGCUCGACACAAAUCGAUCCGGCUAAUCAAGUUGAUUCCGUCAUGACUUGGGCCCAAGCAGCCAACAAAGCGACGGGUAUCGUGACUACAACACGAGUAACUCACGCCACUCCGGCUGGAGCAUACGCCCAUUCAGCCAAUCGUGAUUGGGAGGAUGACUAUGCCCAGUCUUUUGAUGGAGUAGAUUCCAACACUUGUGACGAUAUCGCCGAACAACUUGUCCUCAACAGCCCAGGCAAAAAUCUUAAAGUGAUUUUGGGAGGUGGUCGUACUUAUCUUACUCCAACCACAACGACAGAUCCUGAGACACAAGAAGCUGGUCGCCGCAGAGAUGGGAAAAAUCUGAUCGAUCAGUGGGUGACCGAUCACCCAACGGGGAAAUAUGUAACUACCCGAGAUGAAUUGGUCAAUGUGGAUGUAGCCGGAACCGAUUUUCUCUUGGGUUUAUUCAGCCCAUCUCAUAUGGAAUACUUUUUGGAAUCGAGUGCGGCCAAUAACCCUACACUGGAACAAAUGACCCGAGCAGCCAUUCAAAUGUUACAAAAAGAUGCCAACGGUUAUGUCCUUCUCGUGGAAGGCGGGAGAAUUGACCAGGCUCAUCACGACGGACGAGCAAAAUUGGCCCUCGAGGAAGCUUUCCAGUUUGAUCUUGCUGUGGCUGCUGCACUCAAUCUGACGAAUUCGGACGAUACUCUAAUUAUCGUCACGGCAGAUCAUUCGCAUACCUUGAGUAUUAACGGCUAUCCCAAACGCGGCAAUGAUAUUUUAGGCUUAGUUGGUUAUGCGGCCUCCGAUCUCAAACCAUACACAACCCUAAGUUACGCCAAUGGACCCGGUUAUGCUAACAGUUUCUCUGGUGGAGAGCGCCUGGAUUUGACCGAUGUUGAUACGAUAUCCGAUUCAUUUUUACAACCUGCCAUGGUUCCUCUGGCCACCGAGUCUCACGGUGGCGAUGACGUAGCUAUUUUCGCUCUCGGUCCGCAAGCACAUCUAUUCCAGGGCGUCUAUGAGCAGCACUAUAUCGCUCAUGUAAUGAGCUAUGCCGCUUGCAUCGGCCCCGGGUUCACUUUCUGUAACAACCCAGCGAAUCCACCUUCAACGACUGCAAUUCCUCCGUCGACUCCAUCGUCUUCUAGUCGCAUAGGUGUAAAUCGUUCUUUAGGGAGCAUAAGCGCAUUCAUGUCCUGUGUUUGGAUCCAGCGACUCCUCGUUUCUGUAUUUACUCAGUAAAAUAAACUAGUCAUUUAACAUUC